CGGACCGUGCGCAUCCAAGCGCAUGCGGAAAGCCUGGCUCUCUGGGACAGACGCUGACGCCUGUUGUUGGGGACGCCUUGCUCGGCGCGGGGUUGGUUGUGAGCUUUGCAGUUUGCAAACUCUAGGGCGCUUAGACCGGCGAGGAACCACUGUCGUGCCACGCAAAGGGCUGAGGCCUGAGAACUUUGAGUGGGGCUUGGGGACAGGAAAAAGGAAGGGCCAGAGCCAGGCAGCUACAAUGAAGCUGAACCAGAACACCAUGCUGCUGGGCAAGAAGGUGGUCCUGGUACCCUACACCUCCGAGCAUGUACCUAGGUACCACGAGUGGAUGAAGUCAGAGGAACUGCGGCAUCUGACAGCCUCAGAGCAGCUGACCCUACAGCAGGAGUAUGAGAUGCAGAGUAGCUGGUGUGAAGAUGAAGACAAGUGUACCUUCAUCGUGCUGGAUGCAGAGAAGUGGCAGGCCCAGCCUCGCCUCCCUGAAGAGAGCUGCAUGGUGGGAGAUGUGAACCUCUUCCUCACAGACCUAGAAGACCCCACCUUGGGGGAGAUCGAGGUCAUGAUUGCAGAGCCCAGCUGCAGACGCCAGGGACUUGGCACGGAGGCUUCUCUCCUGAUCAUGUCUUAUGGAGUGACGAAGUUAGGUCUGACCAAGUUUGAGGCUAAAAUCGGGCAAGAAAAUGAACCUAGCAUCCGGAUGUUCCAGAAACUUCACUUUAAGCAGGUGGCUAUGAGCAAUGUCUUUCAGGAGGUGACGCUCAGACUGGCAGUGAGCGAGCCAGAGCGGAAGUGGAUUCUGGAGCAGACGAGCCACAUGGAAGAGAGACCCUACAGAGCUAGGAAGGAAGAGCCUGUGACAGCCACCCUGAGUGAGCAGAGGAGUUGGAACCACACGCUCCCAAAGCCAGACAGCUGCAUGGGAGAUAAAAGCACAGUAUCUCUGGUCUGUUCCAGACCCUCCUGAGCCUGCCAUGGCCUCCCCUGGCUGUAGUGGUCAAGAACACUCCUUCCAACUCCGAACUAUACCCUGACCCUGACUACACUGGAAGGGGUGGCUGAGGCCAUCAGAGUCAGGGUGGAGGUGGGAACUGGCAGCCGGCAGGACGGGGCCCUGGCUGAGUAAAGCACUCAUUUGGACA